AUGGCGAAUUCGCGCCACGCCUUGGUGAUCGGGCUCUCCUGCUUCAUGGCUUUUUGGUUGGAAAAGAUGGCAGAUCCAGGUUUUUACUCUCGUUCUGGUAUUCCUGACCAUCUUCGUGAAGCAGUCGAUCGUCACAUCUCAGAUAUGUUUCCUGGUGAAAUGCAUAAUGAUUUACGUUCUAAGCUGAAAGAAAUGUGGAAGACUAUCUUCAUUUCGUCGAUGAUAAGAACGGGACGUGGUCUUGCUGAUCAGAUGCGUGAUAUGGUUUCUCUUUUGUCAAUUGAGUUGAAGAAGCAGCCAUGUGCUUGCAAGAGAAAGGAGCCUGAAACUGAAAAUGUUGUUGGAGGUAGUUCUGUGGCACAGAAGGGUGAUGGCAAUGCAGACACUGAUUCUGAUUAUUGUCUUGAGGAUUACGGCGAUUCUGAUGAUUGUCUUGAGCUUAAGGAGCUAUCUGGGGAAGAGGAAGUCCCUGUAACUGCUUUGCAUAGAAUGUUGUUUGCUGAUGUACUUGAGGCUCCUAGGAAUUACAUUGAAGGGUAA